AGUUUUCGACCCGGUUUAAUGAUAGCUACCCAAUGCUCGGGGGACCCUUUCCCUGAAUCCAUAGGUAUUUCCGUAGGUUUUAAUAUAAUUGGUUUGUCUGAAAAUAUACGUACCCAUAUUUUUCCGACGUGCAUUUUGCGCCAUUGCUUCAUGAAAAUAUAAUUUUUAAAAAAAUUUCUUUUUUUCUUCUCAAAAUUUUCAAUUUUCCUUAUUGGACCAAAGGAAAAUUUUCCAGAAAAAAAAGAGAAAAAAGUCUUAAUUUCGUCGCUCAACUGUACCGAAGGCGAUGAAUUCAAGGAACACGCGUCGGUCCUGGGUUCGAUUCGCCAUGCAUUUUUUUUUUUUUUCGCGUUUUUUUUUUCCCUGCUUGUUUUAUUUGCUGCAUCCCCUUCUUCGUUCGUAUCGCCGCACCACGAUUGGAAGCUACUCGUCCGCCAUUGACAGCUCCUCGCUCUCUCUGCUAGUCUCCGGCAUUGUCGAUCUCUUUUAUUUAUUUAUUCUUUUUUGUAUUGAAAACAUAAAUUGUUGAAAUGGCUGCAAUUGCAACUCCUGGCAUGCAAAUGGCAGCUACCAAACCCUACAACUCUUGUUCUCGCAAAAUUGUUGUGUCCAACGUUGCACUUGUUGGUACUGAGAAUAAAGCGGUAUUUUGGACAAGGCUUGCAAGCUCUUCUCACAUCUCAUUGACAAGGCCAUUCUUUCAGAGCACAGCAUCUAUUCCUGUAAAAUCUGGAAAUGUUGUGAAAGCAAUGUCUGAAGCCCAUGCCAACAAUCAUGUGUCAGGAUUGCCUAUUGAUUUGAGAGGUAAGAGGGCAUUUAUAGCCGGUGUAGCUGAUGAUAAUGGUUAUGGUUGGGCAAUUGCAAAAUCUCUUGCUGCUGCUGGUGCUGAAAUUCUCAUUGGUACAUGGGUACCGGCACUAAACAUUUUUGAAACAAGCCUACGCCGUGGAAAAUUCGAUGAAUCACGCAGGUUGCCUAAUGGUUCUUUAAUGGAGAUUACCAAAGUUUAUCCAUUGGAUGCUGUUUUUGAUAAUCCCGAGGAUGUUCCUGAAGAUAUAAAAACAAACAAGCGCUAUUCAGGGUCCUCAAAAUGGACUGUUCAGGAAGUUGCUCAAUCUGUAAAGGAGGAUUUUGGCACCAUAGACAUUCUUGUGCACUCACUUGCUAAUGGACCAGAGGUUAGCAAACCUCUCCUAGAGACAUCAAGGAAUGGAUACCUUGCAGCCAUCUCCGCAUCGAGUUAUUCCUUUGUUUCUCUACUCAAGCAUUUCGUUCCAAUAAUGAAUCCAGGUGGUGCUUCAAUCUCUCUCACUUACAUUGCUUCUGAAAGGAUCAUUCCGGGAUAUGGUGGAGGCAUGAGUUCUGCAAAGGCUGCUCUAGAGAGUGACACACAUGUACUGGCUUUUGAAGCUGGAAGAAAGCACAAAAUCAGGGUUAACACAAUAUCUGCAGGUCCAUUAGGAAGUCGUGCUGCAAAAGCAAUUGGUUUUAUUGACACAAUGAUUGACUACUCAUUCACCAAUGCACCCAUUCAGAAAGAACUGGCUGCAGAUGAGAUUGGGAAUGCUGCUGCCUUCCUUGUAUCACCUCUCGCUUCGGCUAUAACUGGCACUGUUUUGUAUGUCGACAAUGGUCUGAAUGCAAUGGGAGUGGGAGUCGACAGCCCAGUUUUUAAAAAUCUCAACAUCCCAAAAGACAAGUAGGCAUAAGGCUAGGGAUAAUGAGGAUUGUGAUGAGAGUGAAAUCCAUUGAAAUUUUGGUUUGAGAUAAAUAAUUGUUGCUCUCUUCAAUUAUGUUAUUAACUUUGUUGUCCAUAAUUAAGCUUUUUUGUUAGCAGCACCAUUUUCACACAGAGAAGCAAUGGAUUCUGUUCUUGGAGUGAAAAAUAAAAAAAUAAAAAAAAAAGAGAAAGUAAUGAUAUUUAGUUCA